AUGAGUGGUAAUCGCGGCGCUUCGGAUUUUACGGGGAGUUCCGACCCCAACAAGGUUCCGGGGCCGUUCGAUGUUGAGACUCCUCAAUUAUCUGAAGAGCAAAGAACUCGGCUUCGAAGGGAUUCUGACGCUUUGAGGAAUAGGGUCAACUUCGUUACCGGCGAGAGUGCGAUGCAGGCAAGGUUGAUGAGCCAAAUUUCUCCGCAGGCGAUACAAGACGAGAGCGGGUCGGAAGGAGAGUCCACGGCCAAAGCCAUGGUGAAGACCCGUGCCGAGCAAGAGGAAACAGAAGCACAGCGGCAGCAGAGUCAAGAGCCUCAACAAGAUCAGGCAUCUGAAGAGGUUUCGGUUACAUCCGACUCGGAGGACUACGAGUCCUUCAGCAAUGAGGAGAAGAGCAAAGGAUCCGGAUCCGGGUCGGGGUCGGGGUCCGGUGCCGAAGAGACUGGUGGCCUGGGGAGUAGCAAUAAGAGGGCCCCCGGGUCUGAUGUCGAUGAUCCCGAUGACCAUAAGCGGCCGAGAGCUUCGUCACAGUGA